GGUGGCGGGCAGGGAAGUGGAGGAAAUCGGCAACGUGGAGGAGGUGCCGCGCGGCCGGGCGGUCAUCGAGGAAGCAGCCUCGUUCCGGCACCCCCUCGAGCAAACAUGAGACGCUCGUGGACGCUAGUCGCGGCGAUAGCCCUGGCUGCAUCGGGGCUGGUAAGUGGCGGUCUCCACGAGAAGAAGCUGCUAAACGACCUGCUGGACGCGUACAACGUGCUGGAGCGGCCGGUGGGCAACGAGUCCGAACCCCUCCAGCUAAGCUUCGGCCUCACGCUCAUGCAAAUAAUCGACGUCGACGAGAAGAACCAGUUGCUCAUCACGAAUCUCUGGCUAAAACUGGAAUGGAACGACGUAAACAUGAGAUGGAACGUCUCGGACUACGGAGGUGUACGAGACCUCAGAAUACCGCCGCAUCGGUUGUGGAAACCUGACGUUCUUAUGUAUAACAGCGCCGACGAGGGCUUCGACGGCACUUACCCGACGAACGUCGUCGUAAAGAACAAUGGGACCUGCUUGUACGUGCCGCCCGGUAUAUUCAAGAGCACUUGCAAGAUAGACAUUACCUGGUUUCCCUUUGACGAUCAGCGCUGCGAGAUGAAAUUCGGUUCCUGGACGUACGACGGCUUUCAGUUGGAUCUGCAGCUGCAGGACGAGACCGGAGGUGACAUCAGCAGUUUCAUCACUAACGGCGAGUGGGAUCUGUUGGGGGUACCCGGUAAAAGGAACGAAAUCUACUACAACUGCUGCCCGGAGCCGUACAUAGACAUUACUUUCGUCGUCAUCAUCAGAAGACGCACACUCUACUACUUCUUCAACCUGAUCGUGCCGUGCGUCCUGAUUGCCAGCAUGGCCGUCCUCGGGUUCACCCUGCCGCCCGAUUCCGGCGAGAAACUCUCCCUCGGGGUAACCAUCCUCCUGUCCCUUACUGUGUUCCUGAAUAUGGUUGCCGAGACAAUGCCGGCGACGUCCGACGCUGUGCCGCUUUUAGGAACAUAUUUCAAUUGCAUCAUGUUUAUGGUGGCCAGUAGCGUAGUCAGCACGAUCCUCAUCUUGAACUAUCAUCAUCGAAAUGCUGACUCCCAUGAAAUGGGUCGAUGGGUUAAAGUACUUUUCCUAUUUUGGCUACCUCGAAUACUCCGUAUGUCAAGGCCAGAACCGGAAGACAAGGAAGUACAAAAGUCUCAAAAGCCAUCUCCAGUCACGGGUGCGAGCAAGUCAUACGGCGAUCUGGAGCUGCAUCAGAGGAGUAGUAAGUCCCUCCUGGCGAACGUCCUGGACCUGGAUGACAACGCGCUGGCGUCUCACAACAAUUUGCUGAACAAUGUGUACAGCACACCCGGACCUCAUCACGCGCACGCGAUGGGUCACGGCCACAGUCACAUACACACGACGCCCCAUCAUCAUCACAGCCACGCACCCACGACGCCGCACCAUCAACACGCGACGCAGACGCCCAUGCACUCAUCGUACCCCGGCCAUCAAAUCUCGCAUACGCCGCACCAUCAUUCACAUCCGCAAGACGCGCCAACGCCGCAGGUCGAGACGAUGCUUCAGAACGCGUGCUUCUGCGCUCGUUACGAGCUUGUACUAAUUUUGAAGGAGAUUAAGAUAAUAACGAAUCAACUGAAGAGCGAGGAUGAGAACACGAAGAUCACGAACGAUUGGAAGUUCGCGGCGAUGGUGAUCGAUAGGAUGUGCCUAAUCAUUUUUACUCUGUUCACUAUCAUCGCUACCAUCACCGUCCUGCUGUCAGCGCCGCAUAUUAUCGUCACGUGAUUCAGAAAAGCCAGUCUGCCGCCGGUGGUUCCGGGGCCGACGGGGAUUGCGUGCCGAGCGCCGGCGUCGACGGACGCCGCUCGCGACGCUCUAACCGAGCGUCCGCCCUUAACCGGUUUCCACCGGGUCGGGUUUAAGGGUGUUCAUCUUCGGGUUCGCACGCCGCUUCGUUUCGGAGACCUGCGCGUUAGGAAGAAAGCAAUACGGGGAGUAACUUCGUUUCUUUAUGAUAUACAUAAUGAUACCAGUAAUAAUGAAAAUAAUAACACUAUCGAUAAUGAGAAUAACGAUAAUAGUACUAAUAAUAAUUACGUAAUAGUGACGGUAAAACUUUAUCGUAUAAUUAUCCCACAAGGACGCCUUAGCGAAACACGUUGACGCGCCGUUUAUAAGCGGCGCGAGCGCACGCGUGAAUACGAAGGACAUGUUACACAGGGACACGCGGGAGUAAGAGGAUACGCGAGGAACACGUACACUGGUUUGUUACACGCAUCCCUGAGAGCAGUCGAUGUGACGAACACUUUGUACAGUUGAGAUGGGCACGUUUUAUCGAACGAGUCAAAUAAUUAGUUGUAACAAGAGAUCCAAUUACGAAUUUUCAUAGAGAUAAGUAACGCUCGAGUCGAGAAUCAAGGGGAGAUUCGACUCUGUCCUCCGCGACUACUGCUUGGGGAUGUACCACACAUACACGUACACACACGCACGUAACAUCAUGCGAGAGCGAUAAUAUAUAUACGCAUGGAACCGUGAUUUGCCAAUGAGUUAAAAAUACUUUUCUGCGGCCCAAGGUUAGUACGAUAUAGAAAUCUUCGAAUGUACCCGAGGAUCAGUAUUGCUAGGUUUAAGAGACUCUUACGGCAGUCCAGACAAGUUUCGUAACGUUUCUACGAAUCCGCGUAAAGACUCCAAAUUGGAGAAUCCCCGAAAGCGUAAAUUUGGAAAAAUGCAAAUUUCAAACAAUAUAAAAUUUAAAUAUAACCGAGAGAUAUGAAUAUAUAUAGUAGUGCGCUCAUUAAGAAACAAAAACACUGAUAUAAAAUCAAAGUUUUCAAGUGUGACUGAGAUUCUCGAGAAUACGUAAAACCGUAAUAUUCAAAGGAAAUGUGGGAAUUGCUACACGUCAGUUGAUAUCGGUCCUUGUCCGUGAUAAGAUAAAAGAAGAGAAGCGCUCGAGAAUGCUGGCGACGGAUCCUUUUUGUCCGUACGAAACGAAGUGACGAGAGGGGGGAAAGCAGAAAAAGAACGGCAAAGAGGGAGAUAAAAAAAGGGCGAGGAAGGACAAGGGUUGGGCUAAAAGUAUAACGCACAGGUUACACUCUCAGAAUACACACGACGAACUGCCAAGGUGAUUUAAAUAAUGCCAGAGAAUUUUUCUUAUCCGUAUCAUUAGUAUGUAAAAAUCGACGACGACUUAAUAAACGGGGGAUUUGUAUUACGAUUUAAGUGGCGGUGAGACAUAAAACGCUCUCUCGAGUAGGUCGCGAGGGAGACCCGAAGGACACUACGGAAGGAUGCAGAAAUUGGACGCGGGAGAAGAGUGCGAGGGAUGGUUGUGAUUGUUCGAUAACUUUCGCCGUGGCAAAUUCAGUUUCGGACAAAUGUACUUUCUUUCACGUCUGCAAGUUCGAGGCUGUCUUCUCAUUAAUCCGCAUUCUCGUCGCGCAUUUAGCCUUAAAUGCAACUUUCUGAUCCCUGCUUUGCAUCGGGAUCAUGUAAAUACGAGCUCCACAUUAAACAUGCAUAUUGCGAUAUUAAACGGCUCUAUAUAUUUCGAGAAUCGGACGGCUAACUUUUCGGGCUGACUGUCUGACUUGCAUAUAAAUUGAGAAACCGCGCAAGCCGAAAAUCUCGUAUUUUUCUCAACAAGACCCUCAAGUUUUGAAUUUCAAGCAAAACAGACAUACUUUCUGCUGGAUGUGUACCGAGAAAACGGAUCGUUAUCUCCUACACGGGCGUACGCGGACGUACGUUACAUUUUGUACUAUGUAAUAUACAUAUUCGCGUACGUUUUAUUGUCUGACACGUCAAUCUUUUCCCUACUCUAUAACGACACCGUUACAGAAAUCGUUAUCGCGACAGCACUGCAACUUCUUUCCGACCUUUAAAAAGCGUCUCGGAGAGCAAAAGCUAAAAGAGCGUGGGCUUUUAUCUCUCUUCGAUUAGAAAAGAUGUAACUUCAAUGUCUCCCGUUCUUAUUACCUUCGGAAACACCGCUGCGUAUUUCCGCUGACACCGAAUAUCGGCAACUGUAUUCAAACUGAACGACUAUGCUAUAUGUAUAAAUUAACAUUGCGAUACUAAUCGCUACGAUCAACGAGUGGUUCGGUGAUGACGAGAAAUAUUGUUUUUCAUCCGCAAAAAGACGAUACAGGGAACGUGUGACCUCGCUUUCGUGUCCAUUCCAAAAAUUAACACUUGUUACGUUCUCUGCUAAUUCACGAAGCCGCUCGAGAGUGUGGUGGGAAAGCGCGGAAGCGACGGAGUCGAUUAGUCACGCUAGGAGGAAGAAGAAGCAACGUGGGACGGCGACUGAUAAAGAAAAGGAAGUUGUGCUCUUGCUCACGGACAGACUCGUAGGCGGACGUCGUCUCGACGAGACAUCAGGGAGACGAACUCAAGUCGUAUCGUACAGUUUUCGGCCAUCGGCACUGGAUACGCGACAACCAAUCACGUUACCUUUUAAAUACUAUUAAAGAUUAUUAAAAUAAUGAAUCGUUGUUGAUCGUGUUGUAUCGUGGACGGAAUUACGCGUAGGAGUAUAGUAAGAAUACGAUGUUUUUUUGAUCUCUAGCGCGCGGAAACGACAAGGAGAAACAGAUUAACUCGUAUUAAACUCGUAAGGGAUAGGGAUUUUUAGACGAGAGAUGCGAUUAAUCAGUAUAAGUGUCAAAUAGUUAAGAGGAAAUCAAGGAAGUAAUUCGCUAAGAAAAGGAAUAAACGUGUAGUUCGAGACAUCGACGUUUUAAUGCCGAUACGAUUGCUCUUCGUGCGAUAUAAAAAUUAAUAGACGGCUCGAUUAGCCUCUAAUUGACUUGGCGAGAUAAUGACGUUACGCCUGGUCUUAUGAACCAAAUACAUGCUGAACUGACCUAGUACUUUAGAACUAGAACAACUAAUGCCACACAUCACGCUUUGGAAGUAGGAAGAAGGAAAACUGAGGGAACAUUUGUAUACUCGCAUAAGAGGAAUGUAUGUAUAUUUCAUCGUUUGUAAUAUACAUUUACUUUCCAACGGUUUAAUUUUAUUUUGAAAGAAUCAUUUCUGCUAGAGAAAGAGAGAGAUCAUAUUUUUACAUGUAUUUAUCAUUGCUCAAAAGAACUUUACGUUCUCAUGCUUUUUUCCCUAUAAGAAAAAUAGAAUAAGCCUCUCAAUAUCGUUCAGAUAAGGGAACGCUUAUCUUCCUACUUCCAGGCUACAAAGUGCCGUUGAUUGUAUCGUUUUCAAACAAGUUAAUGAUGUAAAAUAGCGGUUUCUUAAUGCCUUUGCAAUUCUCGUCAUUUGUAAGACGUCUGAUCCCAAUAGCUUUCAUUUUUAAUGUACGUUUGCUGUAGUUCAAGUUGGUGGAAAGAAAUUAUUAACGUCGUUUUUUAUUACGGUAAGACUAUACCAUCUGUUUUUUAUAUAUAUAUAGAAUAAGAGGAGAAAUGCGAUUAGAUCUUACGUGUCUUUCUGUCCAUAUGCAGGCUUUCUUUCAAACUGACGAACGUUUUCAAAAUUACAGCACACAGAGGCUAUUACUUACUGAUAAAAUUGUUUUUAAAUUUAUUAUCAGUGAAAUAAUUACCGGCGUGUUGUCACAUUAUUUCGAAUUACUUUGAAAUAUUAAAGGAAAAUUAUUCCACUGCUAGGGCUUUUUUAAACGAAGCCUCUGCUUACUCGAAUUUAACCGCGAUUGUUAUGCGCAGAACAUAGUAUGCGUAUCAAAUCGAUUGUGAAUAAUUAUAUCGCAGGUAUAAAAUUAAUCUAGAAGCAGCGAUAUAUAUGGAUUACGAGUCCUAGAACAUUACGGGUAUCAAAAAAUCGUGUUAGCGAAACAACGCGUGAUCUUAAUGUAAUCGAGGUUUAACGAUUAGAUAGAAAAAAAAUAAUACGUACCACGGUACGCGCGAUACUGUGCGACUAUACUUGUUAUAAUUAUACUUACAAAUGUGCAUUAUCACAUAUCGCAUAUUGAAAUUCACGUUGAAGAAAAUUGCUCACUGUAAUUCGUCGCUAACCGCUGAUUUAUUUUCCUAUAAAUUAAUAAGCGUACGUACAACCACGAGCGAUGACAGGAACGACCAUUCUUUCCUUCACGUGGAAACAAUUAGAAUCUUACGACGGAAACUAACGAUAACGAAAUAACGCAAGUUUUUUGCAUCGUAGAACAGUUUGUAUCUAAGGAGAAAAAUGGUUUCAGGAUUAUUUGGUUUGUAUAAAAAAUUACAAUAUGCAGAUAAACAACGGUCAUGAAAACUGAAGUUUGUAAUCGAAUAAAAUUAAUCUGAUAUGUCGGAACGCUUCAGAUCCUUUUCUCGCCAUGAUGCGAAACUUGCCUGAUUUUGCGAUAUACGUAUGAAAACGCUUACGGAAAUUAAUAUGUUUUAAUACAAACUCCAUCCUGCGACUUUCGCGACAAGAAAUCGCAAGGAAAAUUAUUGCCGAAAGAUCUGCAAACAUCCAAAUUUGCGUAAAAGUAAAUUUUUAAAUCAGGCGAAACGUGACAUGCAUUUCAUAUGAAAAGUUUCCACCUCCUUGAACUCGAUAUGGACUGUAUUCCGAAGAUAACGCAGCAAACGUACUUGAACGUGGUAUGAUCCGCCGCUUUCAUAGUUGAAAAUGAUUAUAAUGAAUCGCCAUUAGCCUCGACAGAUUUAUCGAGUGAGAGAGUGAAAUUAAAAAAUACGCAGAGUUAAAAGUUUUGUUUGGUUUAUUCUUGUUGCCAGUCAAUUUUAAUAGUAAAAUAUAUGUAAAAGUCUUUAAUUAACGUUAAGUUAUACAGUUUUUAUAUAAAAUGUUUUGUUUAAGUUGUCUUAUAUCUUUCCACAUUACUGUCAUUAUUAUAAAAUAUAUAAAAUUUAUUUAAAUUGGCAGAGAUUAAAACAUAUAAUUAAAUGUCAUAACGACUCAUUUUUGUGUGCGAAUUUAACAUUCCUUUAAGUUACUGUUAAACACUUAACAUUUCAAUUUUUUCUCUAACUUUUAGUUUGGAUUAAUAAUACAAAUUUGCGCAAAAAAUACGCGUAAUCCAAGGAUUUGUAUAAGUUGAAUUUAAAGGAACUGGCAAGUUUCUUUGACUUCUAAUUGCUUUCCAUUAUAUUAAUUUGUCAAAAUUAGACGAAAGCGGCGGCAGACAAUGAAAUUUCCGUACAAAUUGAACAUUUAAGCGAAUGACCGAACAAGGGAAAAAGAGAGAAAGUGAGGAGGGGGAGUAAGAUAAGCGGCAUUAACGUGACUUGCGCCUUUAAAAUCGAUAACUCAGUUUAAUACGCGCGAGGCUGUUAUAUAAACUAUAAUCUUGUAAUAAAAGAGGAAUAAUAAUAAUAACAUUAGUGAUAACGAUUAACGCUAACGAUAAAUGAUAAUAUUAUUAUUACUAUUAAUAAUAACAAUAAUAAUAAUAUUAAACCGUAUUAGCUACGAGACUCUUCGCCCGUGUACGAAAUGUUGAAAUCUCCUUUCUACGACGUUGAUAUACGAUUAAGUCGACUUCCGAUCGCGAAUCGAAUCGUUCCCAAUUAAGGAGUAGUUGCGGUGGACAGAAAGAAGGAAGGAAGAAAAUAAAUAUACGAGUUAACUAAACGAAGGUUGAUAGGCUUAUAGGAUAUCGUAGUAGCGCAUAUGUACAGGGUGAAGAAAAGAAAAUUCGGCGCGGAGCGAUGAGGGAUCUUUCGAACGUCUUGUCCACCGAUCGUCGAGCGAGGAACAACAGAAACAAGGAGGCGGUUUUAAAAGAGUAUCGAUUAGGACUCGAUAUCCAAUUUGUCAGCAAUAAUCCAAUGUCGGAAUUCCUGACGACGGGCUUCGUCUCAUCGAGCCGACGCGGCACUUCCGUCGUGACGUGGAAAUUAACCCGUUAUACCCAGACGUAAAGAAAAAAGAAUUGCUCUUGAGUUGUCCAGAGAUCCUUAAGUAAAGUGCUCCUGCGUACAUCGGACAUACGGGCUAUAACGAGUUAAAGCCGUAUGCGAGUUUCACUAGCACCUCUAGCCCGUUUCACUCGACUGUUAAUUACUCGAGCGUUUUAAGAACUUUACCUAAGGACUUACCGAUAGAGAUAAUUACGAUUGCUCAUCGAUUAUGCCUGUUUAAGUGUCAAGACAAUCCCCCGAUGACUCCAAGCGGCUGACGACGAAAACUGUACUUCUCGAUAUAUGUAAUACUACCUCUAAUGCGAGAGUAUCGAUGGCACUCUGCCCGUCGAGUGUAAUUUAUCGUAAGGUCUAUUAUACUAUAGCAUGCCAAAGUCUUCCGCCAUUAGUCGCCUAGUGUAGCUGACGAGUUUUCUCGGUUGCAAAAAGUUUUCGCGAGAUCGUCGCUGUAAAGAUCGUCGAGUGCUCGCGCGGAACCGAUCCCGUUUGCACCAAAAUCGCUCAAGGGGACGUAAUCAAGGCUUUGACGAAAGUCGUCGCAACUGCUCGCGGCUGUUCAGCAUCGGUAGCUCGCUGUGAUGUAAGUAGUUGAAGCUCUAGCGACAAACUCUACACGUAGAUCUAGUCACUGAAACUAGCCGCACGACGGAAAGCGAGAGGCGAAAUGGGACGAGAUCAUCGAGAUUUGUUCAAGUAAUUUUCCUCCCGACGAUUCGAUCGCACAAUUUUAUCCUCGGGGCAAAUGCAACGUAGUACAUACCUGCAUGCGUGCGUUUUUCAUUGAAACACGUAAUCGCGAUCGAGUAAUUGAAAAUCUCCGACAAAAUAGAAAAAUGAUGGAAUGAAACUCGCGAUCCUUAAAAAUCCUUAUGCGAUCAACAUGUAUAAUACUUACUCGAUCCGACGGCGACAAUCGGAUCGACUACAGCAGCGCGUUUCCCGAACACGCGCGUAGCUUCACUUUGCGUUGACUUUAAGAGUGUGAAUUUUUCAUAAUAAAUUAUUCACACGCACGCUUUCGAUGAAGAGUGACUUGGAGAAGUGAAACGUGGGGCAAACACGAUCAUCAUUCAUCUCCGUUACAGUCAGGAGUGCAGGGACCGAAGCGCCGAAGUUACGAAGAAAAUAGAGGCGACGCUUUUCACUUUUUAAACGGCACGUCUGACUCUUUGAAUCGGUGGAGAAACGUUCGGAAGAUCAACGAUCCCCUUGCUCGUUCUUAUUAGGCCGCUCUUUAUACAUACAUGUAUAUAGCACGUAUACAUGUAAUAUAUGUUAUAUAAUACAUACGCGACAGAGGUUUAAUUAUAUCGACGACACGUAGCAUGUAAAUCGUUGCUCGCGCUCAGCCCCGUUGUUAAAUUAAGCGAAACGAGAUAUCGUCCGCGUUGGAUAUUGCUGCUCGUUACAUGAAUCGCGUCGUUCUGCUUAUCGAUCGUUACAUUAAGUUCUUACGACAAAUUUCUACGCAUAAAGACAAGUGACUUGACAGGGUGCGAAACGAAACGAUUGUAAAAUAAUACUACUGUACACUGCUAUAAAAAUGUGACCGUAUUGUCGAAAAAUAUCGUAUACUAAACCCGCGCAAAAUGGUACAAAUACCGCGGCGUUGCAAGAGAGCUUUACACAGAUCGGAUAAAAACACAAUGGUAGACUAAUAGUCGGCGCAAAGGGCAUUCCUCCGAUAUUCCUCCGAUUGGAAAGCCCGUCGAAACCUCGGGUUAAAUCGCUUUUGAUGGAACAAUCGUAUGGAGAUAUAGAAUGUUUUCGCUGUAAAACUACGCCAUCGACGUUCGAUGGCUCGUGGAGGCCAUCGCGGCGGAAUGGCAAGAGCAAAACGACGCUUUUCGCACGCGGCGACGCGGAUUUCGAGUGUCACGUUAUCGUCAUCGAAUCGUUUUGCCGGCGCGGACUCGGGGCAAGGUUUGCGUGUAAAUUCCAUUUGUGCCAUUGUUUGUAAAGCAAUGAUCAAUCAUCCGGGUAGACCGGUCGAUUAACGCGGGCAGGCGAAAGCGAGAAUACCAGGUAGAAAAGGCGUAAUUAAGAUGCGCGCUCGUGCGCGUAUCUCUUUUUACAACGGUGGCGAAUUAAUUAAUUAGACUAACUGAUUAGGUGAAGCGUAAGUUCAAGUGCCAAAUUUUUAGCUAAUCCUUAAAGCGUAAACGAGCGCGCUGUACGGAGCGAACGUGUACGCGAUAGGGCUGCAUAGGAAUGUAAUUAACGCGUGGAAGAUCAACGGCGGCGCGGAAGUAACAAGUAGAAUCGUUUACAAAUUCAUUCGUUACAAAAAUCGAACAAAUCUGCGAAAUGGUUUCGUGUUGUAGAUUUUAGAGAGAGGUCUUGCUGAUUUUCUUUUGUUUCGCUGUUACAUUGAUUUAUUAAACCGUGUCCUGAGAAACGUAACGAAGACAUUCCUUAUCACUCUUUGCCAAUAAGUUCCUCGAACUAAAGAAACAAAUAUGAUAUAAAGAAAGCAAAGAGUUUAUUAUCGGAUAAUUAUUAUCUAAUAGUAUCAGUUUAUAGAAAGAAAUUCAAAACGCAUAACGUUUGUGCGAGUGUGCACAAAAGUACGAUUCUUUUUCCACUACGAUUUUACGUUACUUUUAAAUUGCCGUAUGCUCUCAAAUGUCGAAUGUCACGUAAUACGCGGAUUUACCGUGCGAAAUCGCGGACAAAAGAGGAAACAAAAUCCUGAGUUCGAGUCAAGCGAGUAUUACACAUUUUGCGUCAGAAUUCCAUGGUGAACGAAAUGGACGGGAGAAAAAAAUACAUACAAAAAGAACAGAGAUAAGAAAAAACGCGUCACAGCCAACUGAAUUUAAAAAUGAAUUUUUACAAAAGCACAAGUGCAUACAGUUCUUUCCGGCAGGCAAUACUCGUUUCCUUCCGUUUUGAAUCCUCGCUCAGCUAACUCAUCACGCGUGAUUCCACAGAAAGCUGCGUUGUCCUAUCAAAAAAAAAGAGAAAAAAAAAGAGAAAAAGGGAAACCGAUUUUUAGAAAAGGAGACAAAGGAAACGAGAAUUCGCGCUGGAUGAUUAGCGAAACAGCGAAGAAGAAAUAUAAUUUUUAAAUUACCGCAAAAAAUAAAUAAUAAUAAAGAAAUAAAUAAAUAAAAGCGAAAAAACUAUUAAGCAUUGUACCACUAAACAUAAACUAUAUAUAUUUAAACUAUUGAAUGCUAAAAUCAUAUUCGUAAUAAUGAGUAAAAGAAAAUGGUUAAUAAUCGAUUAACUGAAUAUUAAAGCUAGCCUGUAAUCAAUAGCGACGUAGUUAUACUCUGACAGUAAUUAUAGGGGUGAUUCAAAGGUAGUCUAUUAGCAGUUAGGGUCGAACUUUAUCGAGAUCACUUUCUCUCUAAACUAACAAUGGAAAAAAAAAGAUGAAGUUACAACUUAAUUAUCUCUCGAUGCUAACCUAUUGAAUUUAAAGGACGUUAAAAGCCGCGCUGAUGCGAUUUCAGAAAACCGACUAUGUAGAGCGCGAUCUACUCUCUUCAUUACCUACCUAUAUCUUUAUUCCUUACGUACUUAAAAAAAGAAAGAAAGAAAGAAAGAAAUCGCCUCGUAUUGUCCACCGUUACACCAGUCAUUAAGAUAUCGACAAUUAAAGUGCGCGUUAUCGAUCGCCAUCGAGAAAUGCGAGGAGAGAAGGGCGAGAAUUAAAAAAAAAAAACAAUGUUACUGUUUCCAUAGACCCUGGUGGGACGAUGCAAUUGAACUGAACUCACCCGAUCUCACUUGACUUUUAAUUAUGCCUCCGAUAACAGCCUGGUCUGAUAGUAAAUCCAUACCGGAGGAGGUAUAAGAGAGCGUGAAUAAAAAUUUGUUAUAUUUCUACGCUGGGCUCCUUUUCGAGGCAACGUUGAUCGAUAUGAGAAUCCCUGUUAACUGGUGAGCACUGUAAUCGCCGCAUUGUAAUAUUAUUAACAUUAUUACGUUAUUAUGAAAUUGUUGAAAUAAAUGAAAUGAAAAUAAA